AUGGCUAGUCAAAUCCAGGUGGCGAGCUUGCAGGGACAGGAAGACUGGGAAGAAGAGUAUCGGCCGCUGCCGCUACUAUUCGUAUGCUCGCUAGCGAUUUGGACGGUGCUUUUCGGAGUCUGGAUUUGGAACACGUGGGUGAAGCGCCAAUGGCAGACGAGCUACCUCCAGUGGGCCCUUGCUCUCGUACCAGCGCUCAAGUGCGUCGUCCUCGGCCUAUCCUUCUUCUUCUGGCACUGGUGCUUGCACUUCGACUCGUGCUCCUUCUGGGUCGCUUUCGGGGUCUUCGUCUCGCGAAUCUUCUUCGAAACCACGUGCUUCAUCAUGUUCCUGCUCAUCGCGCACGGCCUGGGUAUCACGCAGGAUUCGCUAUCUAUGGCGCAGAGGCGCUCUAUAGCGGGUCUCAGCGGCAUGCUCUACAUCUCUAUUACCGCGUACAAGGCUGCGCUUCCGCACUUCCAGAUCAUUUUAACUGGCGUCUAUACUCUCCUGCUUUACGCCAUAUUUUCGAACGUCGCGCGGAGAAUGGGCGCACUGCAGGAGCAGCUGCGGCAGGCGGAAGCGGAGGGCGCAGCGGUGGAGGGGGGCGCGGGAAGCGCGCUGUACCCCGCGCUGCUGCACCGCCUGGCGCUGUUCCGCCGGUUCCAGGGCGCCAUGCUGGCCAUCGUGUUCAUCGAGAUAAUCCUUCAAACCAAGUCGGACGUGCUGGGUCCGUACUGGGUGCGGCUGCAGCUGAGAGAGGUGGCGGAGGUCGCCGUAUUCCUCUUUAUAGGGUGGACUUUCCGGUCGCGGGUGAUGGCGCCGAUCUUCAUGCUGCUGCCCGCGGAGCAGCACGCCCUCCCGCCCAUCCACCGCGUCGACAUGGACGACAAGGGCUUUCAACGGCUGAGAUCAAAGGACUGGACCAUCGGCAUCUGCACCACGAGCGUCUCCUCCGCGUCGGGCGCUGCUGGCAGCGCUGGCUUCGCGUCUCUCCCCCUCCGCUGCACUCCGACUGACGCCUAUCAGUGCUCCCGCUACCACCUCCGGUACCAGCUUCUGCGCGCCUCCUCUCGCCACCCGAACCAGCGCCGCCGGCGGCUGAACUCGUUGCGUGUGCUCAAGGGCGGAGAGAGCAGCAGCAUGGGAACUCAUGGCGAUGCCGUGCGUGCCGCGCUGCUCGCCAUCGCCAUCGUCACCGUCAUCGCCGCGUGUCUCGUGCAGCCGUCGCACGCAGCUGGUGUGCUGAUGGGGAACGUGAGGCUUGGCACGCGAAUGUACAUCGACGGGCGCGAAUUGCUCUUCGUGUCGCCCUGUAUCGACAUUCCUCCCAUCACGGGUGUUCUGCCCGCGGACGCACGGCCAGCAAACGAUGAUCGCUGGGCUGACUGCACCGCAAUCCGGUUCUUCCAGGAUGCAGGGUGCACGGGACCCGUGUUGUACAAUUAUGACAUGACGACCAGCACCAUGAAUCUCCCCAUUGGCAAUGCAGUGAAGUCCGCCCGCUGCGACAUUGCGGGCGACGUCUGCAAGUAUGCGCGCUGCCCUCCCAACUCCAAGUGCGACGCAUCCACUUACGACCCCAACCAAUCCAAGAGCACCACCAAAUCCAAUCUCUCCGGCUACAUAGUGGAGUGCCCGUGCAACGAAGGCUAUAUCGCUGCCAAGCGCCGCUGCCAGAAACUCAACAACACAGGAUCUGGCAUCCCCUCCACCGCACCUUCCAAGGAAACCCCCGCAGCACCUUCCAAGGAAACCCCCGCAGCACCUUCCAAGGAAAACCCUGCAGCACCUUCCAAGGAAACCCCCGCAGCACCUUCCAACGAAACCCCCGCGGCACCUUCCAACGAAACCCCCACGGCACCUUCUAAUGAAACCCCUGCAGCAACUUCCAGCGAAACUCCCCUAGCAACUUCCAGUGAAACCCCUGCAGCAACUUCCAGCGAAACCCCAUAA